AUGGAAGUAGCUGCGAAUAAUGAAGAAGUUGCCAAUAUGGAAGAAGAUAGUGUUGGCAAUGGUCAAGAUAAAGCGAUUCCUACCAACACUGAUGAAGGAAGUCAGGUACCAGAAGAAAGAGUGAAAGUAAGAAGAAAAAGAGGACCAACAAAGAUGCGUAAAGUGGCUGAAAAUCCUAAUGAAAGGGUUUCAGUUUCUUUCACUGACUUUGGUGAUCAUGUUGGAACUGGUUCAGUAAGAUUAUCAUCUUUUCUUGGUGUCCUCGUGAGUCAAUUCAUUCCGGUUACAAUUUCUGAUUGGAUACAAGUUGAUGCAACGACUAAAGAAACAUUGUGGGAACAAAUUCAGGGGAGGUUUGACAUGGAAGAAGAAUGGAAAAAAGCUGUUAUUAUGAAGCAAAUGUGUAAUAUCUUUAGGGGUAUGAAGUCAAGGCUAGUGACAAAAGUACGUGCUGCUGAGACAGCUGCUGAUAUACUAGCUUUAAAACCCAGCAACAUCCCAUCCAUUCAAGUGUGGAACUCUUGGGUUAAGAGCAAGACUAGCAAAGCUUUUACGGAAGUAAGUAACAAGAUGAGGAAGUUGAGACAUGAUCAGAUUCCUCAAACCUCCAGCCGCAAAGGAUUGGUUCGUUUAGCUGAUGAUAUGAAAAAAAAAGAGUUCAAACCCAAGUAAGGUGACUAGGACUAAGGUAUGGAUAGCGGGACACACUCAUGCUGAUGGUAGACCUGUGAAGCCUCAAUAUGCUGAGACUAUU